AUGCCGUGCUGUAUAGAGAAUCCUAACUCUCCACACAGAAAGUUGCCCUGCAGGAGGAUUUCCAGCGGCGCAUUGGCCCCGUGGUGCACCCCGCCAGUCCUGGGCAAUGGAAGCGUCUCGGUGCCACGAAACUUAACGCGUUUAUUCCAGUGCCCCGAAAAACGCCUUCAGCGGUGUCCUGGUCACCCUGGCCCCGGGGGCCGGAGCGGGCCGGGCUCUCAAGGCGCUCCCGGCUGCUCCGGGGCUGAGGCAUCACCAGAGCCGGGCCGGGCCGGGCGGCCCCGCUCACCCCACGCUCCGGGGCCCGGCCCGGCCUGCGGCGCGACCCCCUCAGGCGCACGGCGAGAGGCCCCGCCGCGCCGGGGGCCUGCGCGGGGGACGGGCCCUGCCCCGCGGCCGCCCCCCGCCCCUCACCGGCGCGGACAGACCUGCGGGGGCGCGGAGGCUCCGGCGCAUCCGCGGGGGGGCGGCGGGGAGGGCGCGCAGCAAAGGGAGCGAGCGCCGGGAGCGGCGGGGCGGGGGCCGCACCUGCAUCACGUGAGGCGCGCUGAGGUCACGGCGGGGCGGGGCUGCACCGGCACCGCCGCCCGCGACGCGCUCGGGAUAUCGGACAGACACUGGACACACCCGGGACACGCUCGGGACACACCCGGGACACGCUCGGGACACACCCGGGUCACGCCCCCGCCCCUCGGGAAACGCCCCAGGACACCCCCACGCCCCCAGACACGCCCCCCCAGUCCCUCACAGCCCCCGGCCCCUCACGGAUCCCGGUCCCUCACAGCCCCCGGUCCCGCACAGCCCCCGGCCCCUCACAGCUCACGGAUCCCGGUCCCCCACAGCCCCCGGCCCCUCACGGAUCCUGGUCCCGCACAGCUCCCGGCCCCUCACAGCCCCCGGUUCUGGUGCUCCCGCCCCUCAGCUCUCACCAAACGGGUAAAUAAAUACAGGCGAGCCGUGAGUACCUGCGACAGGGAACGCCUAAGGAAACCCAUCCGAUGGACAAGCUGCUCGCACCACUCCUGUGCAGGAGAAGCUUGA